CAUCACUAACAGCAGCAGCAGCAGCAGGACGAGUCCAGAGGAGAGCAGUCAUCACCAGAGAUCACACACCAUCCUCCACAGCGGAGGUGUGUGCCAGUGGGACAGCCAUGGAGGACACCAUCACCUGCAGCCACGCCACCUUCUCCCAGGUGUUUGGACGCCAGGGGCAGCUCAUGCAAGCCACGGUGCAGUCUCUGAACAGCCUGAACGACCAGAUUGCUCAGUUCAUGGUGACCAGACCCUGCAGCCUGGCGGACGCAGAUGUGGCCUUCAUACUGGGAGAGAGGGACACCCUGAGGAAGUCCAUGACUCUGAUGAGACACCUGCUCAUGGAUGCUCAGGGGAAAAUCCUUAAAAUGAUGGAAGACAACAAACAUCUGGCACAGAGGAUUGAUGGGGCCAUCCAGUCCGCCAGUCAGGAAGUGACCAACCUCCGCUCCGAGCUCUCGGCCACCAGCCGCAGACUGGCAGAGCUUGGUGCCAGCAGCCCCCCUGCUCUGGAGAACCACCACCAGUACAACCACCACGAUGACAGCCUCCAUUACCGUGAUCCAUCAGUGCAUCACAGACAGAAGACGGUGGUGACAGACAUGUGCUACCCGACAGAGAUAUCCAGCCUGAUGGACUUUGGCACGGCAGACUGCUCGCUGGGCAAAGUGUUGUUGCGCGAGGAGGUCGCCCAGCUUCAGGAGGAGGUCCACCUGCUCAGGCAAAUGAAGGACAUGUUGAGUAAGGACCUGGAGGACACGCAGGGCGGCUGCUCCUCUAAUCUGCUCUCAGCCACCGAGCUCCGCGUGCAGCUGGGCGACAAGGAGCAGGAGCUGGACCGAGCCAAAGAGGCCUUACAAGCUAUGAAAGCUGACCGUAAGCGUCUAAAAGGGGAGAAGGCCGACCUGGUGAGUCAGAUGCAGCAGCUGUACACAACACUGGAGAGCCGAGAGGAGCAGCUACGAGAAUUCAUUCGCAACUACGACCAGCACCGAAAGGAAAGCGAGGACGCAGUGAAGGUCCUGGCGAAGGAGAAAGACAUGCUGGAGAGGGAGAAGUGGGACCUGAGGAGACAGACCAAGGAGGCCACGGAGCAGGCCAACAUCCUGCGCUCUCAGAUGGACAUGAAGGAGAACAGGAUCAAAGAGCUGGAGGCCGAGCUCACCAUGGCGAAGCAGUCUCUGGCCACCCUGACAAAAGACGUACCGAAGAGACACUCGCUGGCCAUGCCGACGGAGCCCGUGGUGAACGGCAGUCAGGAGUGGGUGAUGCAGGCCGACCUGCCGCUCACCGCCGCCAUCCGACAGAGCCAACAGACGCUCUACCACGGUCACACCACGGACAGACAGGCUGUGGUCAGGAUCAGCCCCUGUCACUCUCGCCAGCCCUCGGUCAUCUCUGACGCCUCAGCAGCCGACGGGGACCGCUCGUCCACGCCCAGCGACAUCAACUCACCUCGGCACCGGACCCACUCCCUCUGCAAUUCCAUGGAGGACCUGGAGGACCAGAAGCGUAAGAAGAAGAAGGAGAAGAUGACUCUGGGAUCUCUGUCGCGCGUGUUCGCUCGGGGAAAGCAGCGCAAGUCACUGGACCCCGGCCUGUUUGAUGGUACAGCCACCCCUGAUUAUUACAUAGAGGAGGAUGCCGACUGGUGAUACUGUGUGUGUAAGCGUGAGUGUGUGUGCGUGUGUGUUUGUGUGCGUGCGUGCGUGUGUGUGUGUGUGCGUGUGUGUGUUAAUGUGUGGAUAUCCACUUGGCUUUAACUGUGUGUUCAGUUUGUCGAGGGGUGGGGGGGGGAAUGGGGUAAAUUUUAAAAGAGAAUCCCUUAAAGAGACUGCUAUUCUAUAUGUACAGUAUAUUAUCCUUAAAUUGUGUUUGUAAAUUAGAUAUAUAUUUAUAGAUGUACAUGUAUGCAUAUGUAUAUAUGUUUACAUGCUUAUAAAUAUAUACAGUACAUGGGGUUAUUAUGAUGUGUAGACUUGUUUAUGCUGUAUUAUCUUCCAAAUGGCGUAAUGUUUUAUGUUUUUUAUAACUGGAGACUUGAAGGACUGCUGUUCAUAUGUACAUAGGAGUGAUUGUGACACUAGUGUUUUUACUGUAAAUGUCAUUUGGCUUUUGUUACUUUACAGUUGCUUUUAUCAUGCUUUGCAACACUGAUUUCUAUGUUUCUUCUUAUUCCCAAUUUUAUUCAGCCCAUUUUUUUACUACGACAGAAGAGAUAUUAGCUGAUUGACCUGAAAAUGAUGGAUCUUUCAUUGGCCAAAUUUAAUUAUUGAUGUGAAAAUACAGCACUUUGUUUGAGGGGUGUUGCUGUGACAGGAUCGUCAUCAUAUUCCUGUUAUAAAUAUUGGCCCAUGGUAUUUGCUGAUAAUGAUACCUCAACCAUUUAAGAUUAAAACAAAUAUAUACAUCCUUCUUUACGGACUGCUAAUUAGGGUUUCAGAGUCAGACUUCCAUCAAAUAUGACUUAAAUGGACAUGCACAAAGAAAUAUAAGAAAUUAAUAUAAUAUCCAGGCAAACCUCUCGCCUGCUGUCAAGUGCAAGUGCCAAAGCUAAAACGUCUCAUCUCUGAAAGAAUCUGCAUAUCACUGUGUCACUGUUAGCACUAGCCUCAUAACAUUGUUUUAUGUCUGACACACACGUCUCACUGAGAACUAACUAACGUGUCGAUACCAGUGGAAUGUGCAUUAAACACCUGCAUGAUCCCUGUGUGUCGCUUCCAGGAAAAUGUCCAUUCAUGACCGAUCAGAUUUAAUAAUCUCCACACUCCUGUGUUGCUCCUGUGUUGCCUUCUCCUCCCUGUACCAACUUCUCUCUCCCUGCAUUUUGAAUGCACGGCCCCUUUGUUUUCUGUUUAUUUUAUUUUUUCUGUUACUGUUUCUUUUUUGUAGAAUUCCUCCUCAUUUCUCGCAAAUGUGGCUCUACAACGAUUCUCUGUCGAAUGCUUUGUAAUUAAGGAGAUGUUGCAUAAAAAGAUUCUAUCUAUUGAAGUAUUUUAUUUAAAAGAGAAAAAAAAAAAGACACAAACAAGAGGCGACUUCAGAUAUUUAUCUGCUGCAGCUGCUGCGGCCAGAUGUCGAGGAGGUUUUAGCGUUUUUUCGAAAAAUGAAUCAUAAUUGAAAUGAAAUCUUAUUUUAAAAAUAAAACUAGUAACUGAA